CUCCCCCGCCCCCGGGCCACGCGCGCUGCACGCUGGGACACCGAGGCAUUGUCCUGUCCCGGCUCCCAGCCGCCGCGCGCGCGGUGCAUUGUGGGGGAGGAGCCCCGGUGCCCGGGCCCCCGGGACGGGAGGGAGCUCGGCAGCGGUGGCAGUGGCUCCCCACGCCCACCCUCUGCCCGCAGGGCCAUGGGGGACCUGGGCCUGGGCCAGGAGUUCCACACGUGGCAUCAGUUCAGCAGCUUCUUCGACGACUGGUGCGAGAAGCACAAGGUGCUAUUCAUCAUCGCCAGCCUCAAGCCGCUGAUCUCGCUGCGCCAGAACCCGCUGCACUAUCAGCCCAGCCUGGCCGCCACCCUGCGCUUCCGCUUCGUCCGCCUCAUCUGCAAGCACAGCGGCACCUACGUGGGCCAGAGCACCGUGCAGCGCAACCGGCUCAGCGAGAAGAUCGACUGCCCGGCCUCCAUCACACUGCGACUGGGCCCCAAGAAGGACCGGCUGGUGGUGAUUGAGGCCAGCCUGGAGCACAACCACAAGUUGUCAGAGGUGGAGUUUGCUCACUACUUCAAGCGUCACCAGCUGGAGGCCAGCAUGGGGCUGCCCAUCCGCAUCACCAACAGCGUGUCCAAGCGGUUCCUGGCGCCCGACCUGAUCUGGAACCUGGAGGACUACAGCAAGGCCAAGGACAAGGGCAUGUGCGAGCUGCUGAGCCAGCUGGAUGGCCUCUUCAAGAGUGACCCGGGCGCCAAGGUCAAGCUGGUCUUUCAGGAGGACGUGGCCGUGCUCAACAGCAUCUUCCUGGCCACGUCGCACAUGCGGGGGCUGGUGCAGCGCUUCCCCCGCUGCCUCUACAUGGACAAGGCGGCCUGCAUCAACAGCGAGUUCGAGCUCUACUCGGUGCUCUGCCAGGACGGCAACGGGCGGGGCCGCGAGUGCGCCUACUGCGUGGCCCGCCGGGGUGUGCCCGAUCUGGUCAUCUUCAUCGUGGCCUCCCUGGUGCAGAGCGCGCCUGACAUCAAGCUGAAGGUGAAGUGUCUGACUGUGGGGGCGGGCAUCACGGAUGUGGACGCGGUGGAGGAGGUGCUGCCUUGUGCUCGGGUACAGAUCUGCCGGCUGCAGGUGCUGGAGGCGCUGUACCGCAAGGCGCGCGAGCUGGCCGUGCCCAAGGAGGACAAGGUGCGCAACCUGCUGCACAACAUGGCCAACGCCAGCUCGCCUCGCGUCUACAGCCAGUACCUGAGCGACCUGGAGGACGUGGCGCCGCUGCCCUUCCUGCAGUACUACCUGGAGCACUGGCACCAUAACAAGGGCACGUGGGCGGAGUGCUGGGCCUUCGAGCGCAACUGCGACUGCCCUUUCCUGGAGCACAUGAGCUUCCACCAGCAGAAGCUGCGCUCGGUGCUGAGCCCGCCCCUGGGGCUGGCGGCCUGCGUGCGGGGGCUGCUGGAGCUUCAGGCGCUGCGGGUGGAGAUGGCGGCGCUCAAUGAAGAGCGGGUGUCGGAGCUGUACCGGGCCGUGUGUCCGCCCGACAGUGCUGCGCUCAUCGCUGAGGAGCUUGGCCUGGCCAAGCACGCCAACUACCACGUCAAGGAGGUGCCCGAGGGCUUCUUGCUGGAUGGCGGCAUCUGCUCCUUCCUGGUGAGCCGCGACCUGGCCGCCUGCUCCUGCUCCAUAUACGUCUCAAGCCGCCGGCCCUGCCGCCACCUUUUCGCCACCCGCCUCUGGACUGGGCAGCCCCUCUACGACCCCGGCUUGCUGCACGCCUCAUCGGGCAGCGAGGGGCAGGACACCUAUGGAGCACUGCUUCCAGGCCCGAGAAAUGAGCACCGACUGGUGGCAUCGCAUCGUAAUGCAGGUUGGGACGACGAGCAGUGGCUGCAGAACUUUCAGAUGGGAAAGGCCACGUUCCUGGAUCUAUGUGUUGAGCGUGCCCCAGCCCCCCCGUGCAGGGACACCAGAAUGAGGGCUGCACUGACAAUGGAGAAGUGUAUGGAGAUCACGCUCUGGACGCUUGCAAUGCUGGAUUGCUGCCGGACUGUGGCUCUCAGCAAUGUGCGGGACAUAGAGGAUGGAUUUACAGCAAUGGGGUUCCCAAACUGCAGUGGGGUGAUAGACAACAUGUACAUCCCUAUUUUGGCACCAGCCCGCCUCGUCACAGAGGACAUCAACAGAAAGGGCUUUUUUAUGAUCAUGCAAGUGUUGGGUGGAUCAUCAGUGGCUGCGGUGCAUUGUGGGAAGCGGGGGCUGGGCGAGGGCUGCAGAGCACUGUGGGGGCUGGGUGCUCUAGUCUCGGCUAUUGCUGCUUGUGGAGCAUCCUGGUGCUGCCGGGCUGGCCCAGCCACCCCGCGGGAUGGAGGAGGACGAGCUGCAGGAGAAGGAGUUCUUCUCGUGGGAGGAGUUCAGCGCCUUCUUCGACGCCUGGUGCGAGCGCAGGAAGGUCCUGUUCUUUGUGAAGAACUCGGUGCCGCUCAGCAAGUGCAAGUGGGCAACGGCGCCCCCACGGCCCGACGUGGUGGAGGCCCUCAAGUACAGCUCCGUGCGCCUGGUCUGCAAGGACUUUCGUGGCUCCAGCAAGCCCGACCAGGGCCCUCAUGUCCCACCCCAGAGGCAGUUGCAUCACAGUACCGGGCAAGGAAUCCCUGUAUAAAAAGCCUCCACACCCCAGGCACGGGAUCCCUCUCUAGCCUUUUCCUAUGUCCCAUUGGGGCUGAGAGGGGGCAGCAGAAGGGCUGCUGCGCCAGCAUUGUGCUGAAGAUGAGCCCCAAGAAGGACCGGCUGAUCGUCACCGAGUGCCAGCUGGCCCACAACCACGCCCUGUGCCCCAUCGAGUUUGCCUACUACUUCAAGAAGGGCUACCUGAUGGCCAACUCGUGCCUGCCGGUGCGCACCACAAACAAGAUCUCCAAGCAGUUUGUGGGGGGGCCGGACGUGCGGCGCCUGCUCUCCUACUGUAAGAGCCGUGACCAUGGGGUGCUGGACGUGCUGACAGUGCUGGACGGGCUCUUUGCCAGUGACCCCAGCGCCAAGGUCAAGCUGGUCUUCAUGGAGGACAAGGUCAUCGUCCAGACUAUCUUCUUCCUGAGCUCGCGCAUGAUGGCGCUGAGCCGGCGCUUCCCGCUCAUGCUGUUCUUCGACCGCAUGGUGGGGCUGAACGAGGAGUUUGACCUGUAUUCGGUGCUGUGCGUGGACGGGGCGGGGCGCGGCCGCGAGGUGGCCUACUGCCUGACGCAACGGGAGACGCCCGACCUGCUACGCUUCACGCUGGCCUCACUGGUGCAGAGCGUGCCUGAGGUCAAGCUGCAGGUGCGGUGCAUCACGCUGGGCGUGGAGAUCGCCCACCUGGAGGCGGUGAAGGAGCUGCUGCCCAACGCCCGCGUGCAGAUCUGUCGCUCCCAGGUGCUGGAGACGCUCUUUAGCAAGGCGCAGGAGCUGGGCGCCGCCGAAGACGAGCGCAUCUGGCCCCUGCUCUGCCGGCUGGCUGCGGCCAAGUCGCCGGCCGCCUACCAGCAGGCAGUGCAGGAGAUGAAGGCCAUUCUCCCCCCGCGCUUUGUGCGCUACUUCCGGCGCCAUUGGCAGCCGCGCAGCGAGAUGUGGGUGCAGUUCUGGGCCUUUGAGACAGCCCGCAACGUCAACGCCUGCGAGCUGCUCAAGCAGCACCAGCGCCGGCUGCUGGCAGCCCUCAGCCCCUCGCCCACCGUAGCCCAGUGCAUGCUGGACCUGCUGGCCAUGCAGGUGGGCAGCGAGGCCCACGAGCUGGACGAGGGAGAGCUGGCCACGCACUACCGUGCCAUCUGCAAGCCGGAGCCGGCUGGCCUGAUUGAGGAGGAGCUGGGCUUUGCACGGCACGGCCGCUACCACUUCCAGGAGACAGCCGAGGGCUAUCUGCUCCAUGACGGCCUGUCUGAGUUCGCUAUGGACCAGGCCCUGACGCGCUGCUCCUGCUCCAUCUACACCUCCAGCCUGCUGCCCUGCCGCCACCUCUUCGCCACGCGUCUGCGCACUGGGCUGGCGCUCUUCGACCCUGGCCUGCUACACAGGAACCGGGCAGCACUUCUGGGCGCAUGCUAGGUCCGUGGGGCAUGGACCCCAGCUGCUCCGGGUGCUUACUGUGUAAGUUAGGGGGACAGGCACUGGUGCAGGGCUGGCUGCACAUCUGCAGCUCACACAGCAGGGGAGAAGCCAGCCCAUUGCCAUGAUGGCGGUGCCCCGCGAUGACGUCAGGAUGGAUGGGAUACCUGGGUGCUGGUCCUGUUUGACUUGUUUUCACAAAAAAGAGAAAGUGGCGGGUGGUGCUGUCCUGUAGCUGAGAACACCUACAGCCAGUGCCGGGCAGGGACCGCAGUGGGUUGGGUGCCUAUCAUGGGCCUGAUGCUGCUUUCCCGUAGCUCAGAGCACCUGCAGCCCAGGCCGGGUAGAGAUCCCGAGGUGUCUGUGUACCCAUGGUGGGCUGGGCACUGCUGGCCCAUAGCUGAGAGCACCCUGAUCCCGCUGGCAGAGGUGGGUGGGCGGAUGUUGCCAUGUGGGGUGUGAUGCUUUGGGGUGUGUGCACUGGCAGAGGUGGGUGGGAGGAUAGUGCCAUGCGGGGUGUGAUGCUCUGGGGUUUCUGCGCUGGCAGAGGAUGGUGGGUGUAUGAUGCCAUGCUUGGUGUGACACUUUGGGGUGUCUGCGCUGGCAGAGGUUGGUGGGUGGACAAUGCCACGUGGGGUGUGAUGCUCUGGGGUGUCAGUGCUGGCAGUGGCGGGUGGGAGGAUGGUGCCAUGUGGGGUUUGACGCUCGGGGGUGUCUGUGCUGACAGUGGUGGGUGGGCGGAUGGUGCCAUGCGGGGUGUGAUGCUCUGGGGUGUCAGUGCUGGCAGUGGCGGGUGGGAGGAUGGUGCCAUGUGGGCUGUGAUGCUCUGGACUGUCUGCGCUGACAGUGGCGGGUGGGCGGAUGGUGCCAUUUGGGGUGUGAUGCUCGGGAGUGUCUACGCUGGCAGGAGCGGGCGGAUGGUGCCAUGUGGGGUGUGACACUUCAAGGGUGUCUGCGCUGGCAGUGGUGGGUGGACGGAUGGUGCCAUGCGGGGUGUGAUGCUCUGGGGUGUCAGUGCUGGCAGUGGCGGGUGGGAGGAUGGUGCCAUUUGGGAUGUGAUGCUCAGGAGUGUCUACGCUGGCAGGAGCGGGCGGAUGGUGCCAUGUGGGGUGUGACACUUCAAGGGUGUCUGUGCUGGCACUGGCGGGUGGGACGAUGGUGCCAUGAGGGGUGUGACGCUCUGGGGUGUCAGUGCUGGCAGAGGUGGUUGGAUGGAUGAUGCCACGCAGGGUUUGACACUUUAGGGGUGUCUGCGGUGGCAGACACGGGUGGGUAGAUGAUGCCAUGUGGGAUGUGACACUCUGGGGUGUCUGCUCUGACAGUGGCGGGUGGGCAGAUGGUGCCAUGUGGGGUGUGAUGCUCUGGGGUGUCUGUGCUGGCAGUGGCAUGUGGGCGGAUGAUGCCAUAUGGGGUGUGACGCUCGGGGUGUCUACGCUGGCAAGAGCGGAUUGGUGGAUGGUGCCAUGCGGGGUGUGAUGCUCUGGGGUGUCUGUGCUGUCAGAGGUGGGUCUGUGGAUGAUGUCAGGUAACGCUCUUUGUACAGAGAAUACACUUUAUUCAAUAAACGUAUAUUUUCCUUUUUGACCCUU